AAAGAAAACGUCUACUCAGAGUCCUCUACCUUCGUACGUCAAAUGCAGUCAGCCUGAUGGCUUCGAAGGCUUCCUCGUCGAUCUGUUGAAUAUCUUAAGCGUGGAAAUGAAUUUCACAUACAGUAUAUACGAAGUGUGCGACAAGUCUUAUGGAUCAAUUAUUAACGGUACUUGGACGGGCAUGGUUGGUGAGGUGUUGUACGGUCGAGCACACAUCGGCCUAGGAAAUCUUGGCGCGAAUUACGCUCGGAGCCACGCCGUCAGUUUCCCCAGUAUUUCCACCAGCCAUGGCGGGGCAGGUAUCAUCUUUCGUAGACCUCCUGAGGCGGCCAAGGACCUCCUCUCCGUCUUCCUCCUUCCGUUUUCCCUCCAAGUGUGGAUCUGCGUCUUGGUCAUCAUGCCCGUCUGCGCCAUCGCCCUCCAUCUCACGAUGCUUCCUCGCAAACGGCUGUACAACCAGCUGAAGGGCAGGGCGCCGGGUAUGUUUCCUAAGGGCUUCGAUGUGCUGGACCAACUGACGAAAGAGCCUGCUGAGUUUUGGGAGAAGGGUAGAAUUCAUCCCAUACAGGUGAAGACACCGGACCAACGACCUGAAGGGCGAGACACAGUGAGAGGAGCGAAGAAAGAGCACCAAGUUUUAGCGACUGAAACUUCAGAAGAAACGGAAGCGAUCGAACUGAACAGGUCCUUUGCAGAAAGCUUGUGGUUUGCAGCUACUAUGAUGAUGCAGCAAGGUCAAGACUCAGAGCCCAGAAGUGGGCCAGGAAGGAUGGUUUUCGGGACUUCCUGGAUAAUGUCCGUGGUGCUCUUUGCAGCCUACACCUCUAAUCUGGUGUCGUUUUUCACCGUUACUAAAAUGACGCUACCUUUCCACAACCUCGCCGGGCUUGUGAACACCGACUAUAAAUUCGGCACCAGAACUGGAUCUGUUUACAUCGACAACUUUGAGGUAUCUGGAAACGAGUACGAGAAAGCCUACCAAAAGCUGAUGUCCUUCGGCAAAGACGUCUUGAUGCCAUCUUACGAAGCUGCCCUCAAACGCACCCUUGAAGGAAAUUAUGCCUUCAUUGGAGACUACGUCGUUCUAGACUACUAUCAAAAGAAGGACUGCAACCUCGUUCUGUUGAAGCAGCAACUUUUUGAGACUAAGAGCUCUUUUAUUCUCCCGCGGGAUUCGCCUCUGCUACCGGCUGUUAACCAUUUUAUGGCGCUCAUGAGCGAGAGCGGCAUCAUGGAAAAACUCCGAAGCAGGUGGUGGCGGGCUGAGACCUGUGAUGAAGGGCUUAUGGUCACUUCCUACGAAAGCAUCAGUAUCCUCGAGGUAUCGUCAGCUUUAAUAAUCAUGGGAUCUGGAGUGGUCAUGGCAGCUGUUGUGUGCUUGUGCGAGUUCUGCCGUAGCAAAUGCAAAGCAAAACAUCAACUGCAUCCUAAAGAGACAAAAAAUACGAACACCACAUAAUCCUUCCUUGCAAAGAACCGAAUAGUGGAAUUAAUUCUUAAGAAUGCAGAAACUGUAGAAAGAGUAAUGUUUACGCUUAUUAAGCAUCAAGACAAUGUGACAUUACAAUGAAAGGAGGCUAGAGUUGUGCCUUGUUUGAAUGGUACAUAAGCCUAAGAUACUAACCCCUUCAGCCUUCAGUUACUACCAGUGAUAGGGAAUAGAGUUCGAGUCUGCAAAACUAAGCCUAAAAAGAACAAAGAGAGUCAUCAAGUGUUUUCCUCCCUUAUUAAAUCAUUUAUCUCUCUCUCUCUCUCUCUCUGCGGCUCUUGGGCCAUGCUUGUAAGCUUUGUCGUACUACACAUUUUUUGUUCUUCGGAUAAAAUAAUAUCACCUUGAUCUCUCGAAACUGUUAAUGAAAGUAGUCUAUGUAUGAAUAUAAUCGUGAUAAUCAUAACAUUCACAUGAUGACGUUAUGUUAACUCUUCCGUGAGUCACUUCUUGUGUCGAGCUAGACCAAUAAUUUUAUUUCUGUGAAUAUGAAGAAAUUCGUUUGUACUUAUGAUGUGAAUAUACUUGUUAUCAAAUCCUGUAACAUUCUUAAAUAAUAUCUGAAUGGCAUUGCCCGUUAUUAAGAAGAUAUCAUAGUAGUAGUAGACAGUUAGUAGGCUUUGAUUUACAGACAAAAUGUUAGUUUUAGUAACUUUACUAUACUCUGUUUUUUUCAUCUGUCCAUCCGCCUGUGGUGUUUGCGCAUGGUAACACUGCGUCCCGGGCUUUAAAUAAUAUCCUAUUUCGAAUAUUAACGGUGUAAUUCGCAUACAGUAAAUUAUUAAAACACUUUUCAGUUGCAAAUGUACACCCAGAUAUCCUUUCAUUUACCUAAAACUUAGACAUAGCGUACCUAUUUAAAGCCCGGGACGCAGUAUUACCAUGCGCGACCGCAACAGGCGGAUGGACAGAUGGAAAAAAACAGAGUAUAGGUGUCGAUAGUAGUAUAUGGUGCUUCAAGAUCUAAAAGAUAUAUAUAUUUUUUCUGUUGAUAAUUUUAAAAGGAAAUCUGAAAUUAAAGA